CGUAUUGUGACGCAGUGACGCAGAGGCCUUGCGGCGGCGGCGGCGGCGGCCUAGUCUUGACGGCGCCAUUUUGCGAGGAGCGGACGCUCGGUCUGUGCGGCGCGGCGGCGGCGGCGGCGGCGGGGGGUUGGGGUUCGUGUUGGCGUUAACGUUAACGUUAACGCAGCUCCCUGGUCCCGGGGCGGAUCGCACCGCAUCGGAUAGAUUGGCCGUGCUCCAAUCCACCUUCCACAACCCCCUCGUGACCCAUGGCGGCGGAGAGCCGGGAUGAUAAAGAUGGUGAAGUCAAUGUUUUGGAUGAUAUCUUGACAGAAGCGCCUGAUCAAGAUGAUGAGCUUUAUAAUCCUGAAAGUGAACAAGACAUUAGUGAGAAGAAAGCAUCAAAAAGAAAAAAUGAAAAGGAGAGGGCUGACAGUGGUGAUGGGAAAAGGCAGAAAUCUUCCAGCCAUUCGGCACGGCAAGUUAGCAAACGAUCUUCCUGCCCUUCUGCAGGAGAUAACAUAAAGGCCUCCCUUUCAAAAGGUAGACAUCUGCCAGCCUUUAAGAAGGAUGAAUACCAGCGAUACGAACGAAGCAAAACUGCCAGCAGUGAGAGAAAGAACCAUGCGCCAGGUUCUCGGGAAUCGCAGAAAGAUCGAACUGAUAAAGUUGGGAGUAGAAGAAGAGAGUCUCUCAGAAAAAUGAAAUCAGCCACUCCUGAUCAGUCCGAAACAUACGGCAUGAAGACUUUGAGGAAUAUCGAAGACGGUGUUAAAAUGCAUCGAUCAGGCCAUUCAUCCAAAGAGGAAACUCAUUCCGAUUAUCAAUCAGAGGUUGAAAUUGAUUCUGAGGGAAACACCUCUUCUGAAGACCAUGACAAUCAGGAUGAGGCUGCAGACGAGAUUAGGCCCGAUGAAGAUGAUCCUGAGGAAGAGAAGGAGGGAGAGGAGGAGGAAGUAGAGGAGGAAGAAUAUGAACGGGAUAUGUCUGAGCAAGAUGAUUUCAGAGAGCGAGAUCCCAGAGAAAACAAGGAGGAGGGCCAUGAACAGGAUUAUGAUACAAGGAGCGAAGCCAGUGACUCUGACUCUGAGUCUGUCUCAUUUUCCGAUGGAGAGUCAGCCACAAGAUCUGGAACUGAUGCAUCAGACGAUGAGACAGAUAAAAAGGAGAAGAAAAAGCGAUCUAGAGACAUUUCUCCAAUUGUGUUUGAUAGGAGUGAAAGUUCAGCAUCCGAUUCGUAUGCAGGAUCAGAGAAGAAACAUGAGAAGCUGUCAUCAUCUGUGCGUGCAGUACGUAAAGAUCAAACUAGUAAACUGAAGCAUGUCCUUCGAGAUGCACGAUUUUUCCUCAUAAAGAGCAAUAACCAUGAGAACGUAUCUCUGGCAAAAGCGAAGGGUGUGUGGUCUACAUUGCCAGUAAAUGAGAAGAAGCUCAACACUGCUUUCCGAGAUGCUCGCAGCGUUAUAUUGAUAUUCUCUGUUCGAGAAAGUGGAAAGUUUCAGGGAUUUGCUAGACUUUCAUCAGAAUCUCACCAUGGAGGGUCUCCGAUACAUUGGGUGCUGCCUGCAGGAAUGAAUGCCAAAAUGUUGGGCGGUGUCUUUAAAAUUGACUGGAUUUGCAGGCGUGAGUUGCCAUUUACAAAGACAGGGCAUCUUGUAAACCUAUGGAAUGAAAACAAACCAGUCAAAAUUGGAAGGGAUGGGCAGGAAAUUGAACCUGAGUGUGGCACGCAGCUUUGUCUUCUAUUUCCACCGGAUGAAAGCAUUGACUUGUAUCAAUUCAUUCAUAAAAUGCGGCACAAGCGAAGAGCGCAUUCUCAGCCGCGAUCAAGGGGGCGGCCUUCUCGGCGUGAUCCUGUCCGGGAAGUGGGAAGGCAUCGACCAGAAGAGUUUGAGUCGUAUAACGCCAGAAAGAGACCAAGGAUUGACUACCCACCUGAAUUUUCACAAAGAACAGGGUACAUGAAGGACCCACGGUACCAAGAAGCGGAGAGACGAUUUCCCGGCAUUAGACGCGAUGUGUUUUUAAACGGAUCCUACAAUGAUUAUAUGAGGGAAUUCCAUCACAGCAUUGGUCCACCACCACCUUGGCAAGGAAUGCCACCUUACCCUGGCAUGGAACAGGCUCCUCACCAUCCGUAUUACCAACAUCACCCCCCACCACCUCAAGCACACCCACCGUAUUCCGGACAUCAUCCUGUCCCACAUGAAGCAAGAUAUAGAGACAAGCGAGUGCAUGACUAUGAUAUGAGAGUAGAUGACUUCCUUCGUCGCACUCAGGCAGUUGUCGCCAACCGACGGAGUAGACCGCGGGAGAGGGAGAGAGAGCGGGAACGACCCCGGGACAGCCGGCGGGACAGAGAACGCGAUCGAGGCAGGGAACGCGAUCGAGAGAGGGAAAGGAUGAGAGAGAGAGACAGAGAGAAGGAACGGGGUCGAUAUAGGCGAUAGCUCGCCAGCUGAAGCACUGUCCAUUUUUGUUUACAGUAGCUGAAAGAUGUUUGGAACUGUUCCUUUUUUAUUUUUAUUUUUUUAAGUUAAAUUACAUAUUCAAACUUACUGCGAUCCUUGUAUGUUUAUUGCUUUCAUGCAUGUGGGACUAUAUCAACUGAAUUUUGAACUUAGAAGGACAGAUUUUUGCGGAACGAUAUAUUGGGGGGAUGGUAGUUUUCUGAUGACCUUCAUAUGUGUAUGUCAAUGUCUAAAACAAACUAUUUACCCUCCAUUGAAUUAAAAGCUGUAAGGAAGAAAUCUGCCCUUGGUAUAGACUUUGUUGUAUGUAGUUGCACAUGGAUUAAUGAGGAAAAUAUUGCUGCUAUUAAGUAUGCAACUUAAGUAUAAUGGGCUGAUCGUGGAUCUAAUGUUGUAGCAAGUAACCUUUUUUUUAAAAACUUCAUUUUUGAUUUCAACUUUUUCAGUGUUAAUGAUGAAAGCAAUAUUCAAUGAUAAUUGCAAUCCAGUUUUAACUUUUUUUUAAAUAAAUCCCUUGCUUAAAGCAUUUAAUCAAUGCUAAAGUCCAUUAUUUUUCUCCCAAAAAUAAAAAAAAAGCACGCAGUGGCCUGAUAGAUUUACUGUAAGUUUAUGGUAGAAAUUGUUACAUUACCUUUAACUGCAAAACUUUUGUACAAAAUAAACGAGGAAAACACUUA